GCUGCUGAGGAGGAUAUGAGGAGCGAUCGUGGAGGAGGACUCUCAGUCCGACCUUGUCUGGCUCACAGUCCCGCGCCUGGUUGUGCGUAAACGCUGCUAAAAUAGUUUGGCGGCGUAUAAAAGGCCUCUCAGGCGCGCACAACUUUGGCCCUCAUUCAUGGUUUUUAUUCGCACGUCUGGGUGAUGUGCACAGGAAUAGAUCAGCACUCCUCCAACCUCUUCCGCAUAUUGGAUUUCUAUGCAAAGAGAAGGUCGCCAGCGUCCCUCCAAGGAAUCGGGAAAUGAGGACUGCUGCUGACACGGACUCAAGUGUUUUUUGACUUUGUUCACGUGUUCUGCGCUCAGUUUUGAUCGGGAGCUUAUUCCUCCAACUCGCGAAGCGUUCGGACCCCGUGCGGGAUUAUCGCUGCAUUGCUCGUAUAUCCAGAUAUCGGCGAGUUUUGGAUGCGCCCUCGCUGUGCCCUGUACGGCGCGCAAAUUCGAUCAUAAUGCAUUUAAUUUAGGAGAACGUCUGUGUGUACAAAGUGCCAAAUUGAGCCGGAAUGGCGAACGAGUGUAAUCGCAACAUUGUGGAAAAGUAUAUCUGCCAUAAACUCUCCAAGCAGGGCUACGUGUGGGGCUUUGAGGACGUCCGGGAUGAAGAUGCUGCUAAUAACGGGUCGAUAGUUGCCCCUCCGCCGACUUUGGUCCGCCGGUGCCGUGAGGCCAGCACCGGGCCCGACACCGAGAGCAUCCCCAACCUCCACAAACGGCUCCCCCAGUCCGACCCGCACGCCGCCAUCCACAGGGUCCUGCGGGAGGCUGGGGACGAACUUGAAAGACUGUACCAGCCGGACUUCACGGAGAUGUCUCGGCAGCUGUAUCUCACCUCCACCACGGCGCAGAGGAGGUUCGCCGAGGUGAUAGACGAACUGUUCCGGGACGGCGUGAACUGGGGCCGGAUUAUCGCUUUCUUCGAGUUCGGGGGCACGGUGUGCGUGGAGUGCGUGUCGAAGGAGGACAUGACACCGCAGGUGGACAACAUCGCGGAGUGGAUGACGGAGUAUUUAAAUGGACCUCUGAACAGCUGGAUAGAGGAUAACGGGGGAUGGGAGGCCUUUGUCGAGCUGUACGACAGGCAGAGGGACUCCGUCUUCAGCUGCUCCUGGCCCUCCAUCAAGACGGUCUUCGGCAUGGCUGCGCUCGGGGCAGCCAGCCUCACCAUCGGAGCGUACCUUACGCAGAAGUGACCGAGCCCUCCUCCUCCCUCUACCAGCGUGACUUUCUUUCUCAUCCUCCUCCUCCUCCUCCUCCUCUUCCUCCUCCUCCCCAACUCUCCACGUGCCUCUUCUUUUUCCUUUUAAAGACGCCCCUGACCCCUCAGAGACAACCUUCAGACUCUUACGAAUCUGGCUCUCUUCAAAGCCCUCUCCCAAGAAAAAAAACUCCCUCUUCCUCGCCCUCCAUGUCAAAACAGACACGAAUCAAAACAACUGAAGCGGCGCACGCGGCGCAGAGGACGUCUCGAGAAGCUUAGAUGUAAUCACACUAAUCUGAGUACAACUGAGGAGAAGUUGUCUUUGUCUUUCUGCCUGCUUCUGUACUAGUUAUAGCAUGAACGUUGAGUGUUAGUGUAGACGUUGCAUGUGUCGGAGCUCGUGUGGUGGCCUCUCCUCUGUUGGGGAGGCCUUGAUGACGGGUGGGGGGGAGGGAAAUGACACGCCACGCCGGAGAGGAAGCGGCCGCGGCCCCGCCCCUGCUUGUUAGGGUGAAGAACCCCGUUUGAACUGUGGACUCCGGUUACCCCCCCCCCAACCCCCUGCAGCCAGCCGUCCUUCAAAGGACUUCCUCCACAGAACAGCUGCUCAGAAUGUAUAAUGGAAACAGCUUGCUGCAGCCAGCGAGUUGUGUGUCUACGGCUUUCACUCCUCAAGACAGCUCCAGUGAACUCUGAACACACUGCACCAUUAUACUCUCCCCUGGCCUUCAAUAGGAAGGGCCGGCGAAGGACUGAGGUCGGCUGAUCGCUCUUUUGAGAGCUCCUUGAUGGCAAUUUGUAUGUUGGUUUUCGGUUUUCGCAGUGCAAGCUGUGCAGUUUUUUUAACGGCGGCAAAAAAAGACAAUGGAGUGGAAAAACAUGCCGAAGAAGCCUGUCGUUGCAUAAAAAUGUCAAAUGGUGGUGAGGAAAAUGUUGAGCACAGCACAAAAGAGCGAGGUAGAAGUAAACAGUGAAUUUUGCAUCUCAAGAAGGGAGCGAGUCCCUGCAACAGAAGACUUUUUUUUUUUUUUGAAAAAGUGUGCAUUCCUGAGACAAAGUGACGAGAGCGCUCCUCUGCUAAAAAAAAAAAAAAACUUCCUUCAAAGGCAUCCUCCGCCAAGCUAUCACUUUUUCUAUUUCUGUUGCAGCUUUCUUUACUCUCCUCUCAGUCCACUUGUGGCCAGAUUGUUUGGGCUCACGCUGGUUUCAGAGCUGACCUUUCCAGCUGCAAUGCUAGAAUCCACUCCGACAAAGACCUGACUUGUUGACGUGGACUGAGAGAGCCUCGCCUGGCCGCAGACGACUGAGCGGAUCACCGCGGCGGGCCAGCAGGGUCUCAGUUCAGGACCAAAGCCCAGUCAGUGUGUCCCGACUGAGUGCUGGAACCUGAGAUGUCCCCUCCUUCUCUGUGCUCAUUGAUUCGUUCCUUUCAGCCUGUUUUAUUGAUGUUUGUCUUGUGUUACAGUCGGAUAGAAACAUUCUUGGGGGGGAAACGCUCCCAGGCUCCAAAAUAUUUUUAUUGUACACAGUACUUAGUCAUGGAAAAGUGAUUUUUUUUUUCUUUCUUUCCUCCGUCAUUGAAACACUUCUUUGUCGCAUGAAUGAUGAAAGAUACUGUCAUCACACAGCAGUUACAUAUAUCACGUGUGUAACCGUAUUUAUAUCAGAUAGGGUAGAAGAUAACAAAUAACAGCAAAGAAGUUGCAUUUUUCUAUUUAUUAAGAGGUACCAGAUCACAGAUUCUUUAACAGUAACUUUGAUGAGAUUUCUUUUUUUUUUUUCCACUUUUUUCUACUUCUGUGGAAUCACACUGUAACUACAUUUUUUUCUGGCUGCUAUUAUAACAAGAAAAAUGUUUUAAAAAAGUGAACUUCUGUGUCGUAUUAAUAUUUGGCUUAAAGGCUGCUAUACUGUCGAUUUUUUAACUUUUACUUACAGCUUAAACUGCCACAGAUUUACAGUAUAGUCCUAGAGAGCUGGAAACCAAAGUUAACUCGUAUUAAUCUUUAAUUUAAAAAAAGAAAAAACAAAAAAAAACAAAAACGUAGCUUGACGAGGAUACAUGUCGCUUCGCUCGGCCGAGUCUGUUUCAGUGAGGUUUACCGAUCUCUCUGUUGAGGGUUUGUCUAGUGUUACUGUAUAAUAUCAGCUUAACCUUUGUCGACUUUGUGCUCCCAUGAUAACUCAGUGCUUAUCUGUAAAGUGUUGACCUGCCAGACAUAAAGGGACGGUUCAACCCAAAAUCAGAAACACGUAUUUGCCUUCAAACCCUGUGAGUUGACGGGUUUUGUGGAUGAUGGACCAUUGAAGGUGAAGUUAUAGCCCUCUGCACAAACAUUUAGAUAGAGGCCUGAUCUUACCUGCCAUGGGGUGUUGCCAAGAUGGCUGCAGAGUAGCUGGCUUAAAAAAAAAAAAACGGUAACAGCUCAGUUGCAGAGGUUGCAAGCCCUCAGGAGAGAGCAGAAGGCUUUGAAAAUCAUUUUUACACAGUGGUCACCAUCACAUUAUGCACAGGGGCCCAAAAGACUUUUUCCCGAUCCAAGUAAUUCUACACCUGGAUCUCAAACUUUUUUGUCAUCAUGCGCCUCAGUCGCCAUAUCCAGUUGUCAUUGUACGUUCAUGGGAGGACCUCAUUCAUGUUUACAUCGCACACUGUCACCAAGCACGAGCCUCUCGUCCACGAGUAGACACAGAAAACAGUUUGCCUGUGGAUCAUCUUGAGCAACCAGGUUCCUGAUUUCUUCAAAGACACAUUGAAACAUUGCUGAGCGCCUUCUAGUUUCACACCGCAUUUCAAGAGAAGGCAGACAUCUCGAAACAAUCUCGAUAGACACAGCACCACAGGUGAGAGGAAAAAAUAUGUGCUUUUGAUUUUGGGUGAACUUUCCCUUUAAACUUAGUCUCAGUUAUCACUAUAAACCAACUCCCCAGUUGUCACAAGAACAGUGUGUGAUAUUCCCAGUGAUGUGUACCAGAGACAAACAGAGGGUUAUUCACAAGCAGGAAACAGUUUAACAGCAAUAUACUGUAAUUUAUUUUAUUUUUUUGAUAUUCUCUGUGCAUAUAUGAAUGUAGGCACUAUGGUUGCUGUACUGUUUUACCGUCUAUAAUCACAAAAAACCUGUAGCACUUAAAACAAAAAAAAAGUGAAUCGUGUUUUUUUCUGUUGUUUACUGCUAUAUCCACAAUAAGCUAGCGGGAUCAUAUUGUUCCUAAUAAAACCAGAUUUCUCAAAGCA